CUGGACAGAUGAGCGGUUGUACCAAGAGUCGCGCCGAAUUGUCGCAGCCCAGUUGCAGCAUAUCACCUUCUCGGAGUUUUUGCCCGUGCUUUUGGGUCGAGAGAUUUGGCAUCGAUAUGGGUUGAAUCCAACAGACGGUGAGCUGGGCAUGGGUCGAGCUGAGGGCGAGAACAAAGAUAAAACUCGUAGAUCGGGAUAUUCUCUUGAUAUGAACCCAACUGUUAUCAAUAGCUAUGCGGCUGUUGUGGGACAGUUUUUCUAUACGAUGUAUGGAUCACGAAUGGCACGAAUCAAUGAGAAUGGUGUCAAAUUGCUUGAAAAGCCUUUAAAUGACUAUUUUAAUAAUCCAUCUUCAUUGCUGUACUAUAAUCAAGGAAUUGAGGAGGUGUUG